CUUGGAGCAGCUGUCUUCUCCAUACGCCCCUUCGCUUGUUGACGGCAUCAACUGGGAAGCCCAGUGAUCAUAUUAACGUUGGUCCGUUAACCAAGCGGUACUGUGGCUUAUUUCAAUAGGAAUUAAAAAGCGGCUAGCUAGUUUUGAACUGGCUGAAACAUGCAGAAGUAUGAAAAGUUAGAGAAGAUCGGAGAGGGUACCUAUGGCACAGUGUUUAAGGCGAAAAACAGAGAGACGCAUGAGAUCGUGGCUCUGAAGCGGGUCAGACUGGACGAUGACGAUGAGGGUGUUCCCAGUUCAGCCUUGAGAGAAAUCUGCCUCCUGAAAGAGCUGAAGCAUAAAAACAUUGUGAGACUACACGACGUGCUGCACAGUGAUAAAAAGCUGACGUUAGUGUUCGAAUAUUGUGACCAGGAUCUGAAGAAAUAUUUCGACAGCUGCAACGGAGACCUGGAUCCUGAGAUCGUGAAGUCGUUCAUGUACCAGCUGCUGAAAGGACUCGCCUUCUGUCACAGCCGCAACGUCCUUCACCGAGACCUCAAACCACAAAAUCUGCUCAUCAACAGGAACGGUGAACUGAAGUUGGCAGACUUUGGGUUGGCCCGAGCGUUCGGGAUUCCUGUACGAUGUUACUCCGCCGAGGUGGUGACGUUGUGGUACAGGCCACCAGACGUGCUCUUCGGUGCCAAGCUGUACUCCACCUCCAUCGACAUGUGGUCAGCUGGAUGCAUAUUUGCAGAACUGGCCAACGCCGGACGGCCGCUGUUCCCCGGAAACGAUGUAGACGACCAGCUGAAACGGAUCUUUAGAUUACUGGGCACACCUACAGAGGAACAGUGGCAGACCAUGACCAAACUCCCUGAUUAUAAGCCGUAUCCGAUGUACCCUGCAACUACGUCGCUGGUGAACGUCGUCCCUAAACUCAGCAGCACGGGACGGGAUUUACUACAGAAUCUUCUCAAGUGCAAUCCGGUGCAGCGGAUAUCAGCGGAGGAAGCGCUUCAACACCCGUACUUCGCAGAUUUCUGUCCGCCCUAGUACCCAAAACUCUCAAACCCGGACCAGCGUGGUCGUACCUCACACACCCCCUCAUCUUUCCUCACACCUGUUUAGACACAACAUUACCGAUCACGCAUAUCCGUAUUAGUUCCACUCCGUCGAUCAUGGCCAAAGGCAACAAUCUGUUUUGUUUUUUUAAGCUCAGAUGUUCAAACGGUUAUUAUUCUUAUUCCUAUUUCAUUUUAUUUGCACUUACUGAACAGAAGCUAAGUGUGCGCAGAGUGUUAGUCGAUUCUCAGUGUUUACUAAAGUUUUAACUUUUACCGACUGUAUUGUGGAAGGAUUUAGAGAGUUCGUUCUGUCUCCCAUUAUCUACAGAGGUGCCAGCUGAUACUAUUUCGCUGUAGCAGUUUCAGGUUUUUAAACAUUUUUGUUUUUUGCUGAAAAAGCAAAUUCACCGAAGGGGAAAGGACAUGGCGUGUGCGGUAUCUUUCCUCACUGUUGCUUGGCCUAUAUCUGUGAAACAAAAACUGGGCUAUUUGAGUCUACUAGAAUGUUCUUGGCACCUCAUUUCUCUUUUCAAGAUAGUAGCUGCAUUUCAUGUGCUCGGGUUCAGGUUCCCAGAACAUGAAGCUCCAGGUUCACGUAUACUAUUUUUAACGCAGGUGUUUUAUCUGUAUCUGAGCCUGUAUUAAAGUGCAGAGGAUGAUACACGGGCGUGAGACAGAGAGGUUGAAUAUAACAGCCGGGAUGUAUUUACAUUGUGUUAACAGUAAUGCUGCACCUCAUACACACGUGUCUCAGUGUGACGGCUGCACUGAGGAUGAAACGAUGGUAUGGGAGCCGAGUACGAGCGUUCACACUGUGUAUAUAUAGCUGUGUGUGUGUGAGAUAACCCAUCAUAACAAAUACAUCAGUUAAAACCUAUCCACGUCUGUCUAAGGACGUGUCAAGCCUCACCAGCAGU